AUUCAACCGCUUACAACUGUAUCGUCUACACAACAAGUUCGUAUAGAUUAUAAAUGUAUAUCUUCCAAAUAUGUUCUACAAGAUUCUUGGAACGAUACUAUUGGAGCAGUUGUUAACAUAAAAGUACAAACUAAACUAUGUGUAUCUUGUAAGUUUCUGGUGUGUGAAAUAAAUGGAACAAGAAUUCGAACAUCUUCUAGAUCUCGCAUUAUCAAACUUGUGUUACCGUUAUUUGACACACUUAGCCUAAACUUUACAAUGAUUGAACUAAGCAGCAGACAGACACCAGUCUAUCAGGUUGACGACAUAUUUCAAGCGAUAUUCAAAAGCUGUCCCACAUGCCAUUCAGAUUAUGUGGUGAUAUGUGAAGAUCGACGGAUUGUUGCUGCUGGCCAUAUAGAAAAAGAUGGUGACAUCAGUUUUUCUGUUACUGAGGCUAUGACACCAUAUUGUGUGAUAUUUGCGUAUGCUGUAAAAAAACAACUGAUAGUAGAUAUGAUGUUGUUUUUUGUGAAAAAAAAAUGUGAGAUCGAGAUUUCAUUCGAGAAUGAAACAAUUCUAGAGCCAAAACAGGAAAUAACCAUUGGUGUUGAACAUAACCGUGAUACAGCUUUACUUCUAAAAAUCUUUGAUUAUCGUAUGCUUUUACUUUCAAAGAAUUUGUUACGUCGUUCUUUACAUCGUUUUUGGGACUUUUCCUACUUUGAAAACCCUACAGAAGAAAGCAGUAAUCAAGCACACUUAUUAAAUUUUUUGGAACAUAAAGAUUUGAGAAAGGCAUACGAGGAAUCAUGUCAUAGUGCCGGCUGUGCACUGAAAAUGACUGAUGCAGUACGUCCGCAGUUUACAUUGACUGCAUCGGUAGUUUCGAAUAACUGUUUGGAACGUAUGAUGAAAGGCUAUGCUCCAUUCUGUCAAAAACUUCGUACUGGACAAUCUCAAAAAGUUAAACUUUUAAAAGCAUCUGCAACUCCUGCAAAAAGUACCAAAAAAGAGGAUAUGGUUGUCUAUGCUCCAGCUCGAUUAGACUAUGCAAGAAUCUCCAGUAUAUCAACAGUGUCUGAAAAGCAAAUUGAAAUUCGGGAAUUCUUUCCCGAAGUAUGGUGUUUCAAAGAUUUCACGCUAAAAGCCAACCAGCAUACAAACAUCACAUUACAAGCACCGGAUAGUCUUAGUAUGUGGACGCUAGAAUCAGUCUACUUUGUGCCGCAAAACGAUAUUUGUUCUGCAAAACAAAACUUUAUAACCACAUCAAAAAAUUGUUUCUUGACCGUUCAUUUUCCUCAACAUGUUUACGUUAACGAGACGUUUAUUGUUGGUGUUGAUGUUUACGACGAAGAUGCCAACUCAGAUGAGGAGGCAAAACAGUACUAUGUUACGGUACGUGAAAUAGAAAGGUAUAUUUGUGUCAGUGGACCAAAUCAAGAAUCAGGUUCAGCACAGUAUUAUUUGGUUACAAUUCCAGAAGGCAAAAAAAUCGCCAGAAAAGACUUUUUUUUAAGGAUUCUGAAACCAGGUGUGGCUAACGUUCAAUUUGUAUUGACAACAGAAGGAAUCAAAAGUUAUACCAGUGUUAUCAAUGAGAAUAUUAUAGACGCUGUUAACAUUCGUCUAGAGGAACAAGCUGAUACUAUGCUGUAUUUUAAAAGAAUCAUACUAAAUGCUGAAAAACCAAAACAAAAAUCGUUAAAAAGAGAUAAUUUACUGAUGGAAAAUGAUGAUUCAGGCGAUAUCGACGAGAAUAACAAUGAAGCCAUUGAGUACAGUGAAAGAAAUUCUACUAAUUCGUUUGAGACCGACGUUCUCAUUCAUUUGAACAACGAAGAGACGGUUUAUGGAAUUGAGAUUGAAAUGUCCAAAUUUCUCAGCGCUGAGCCACUUGCUAAUGAACAAGCCUCACUUCUCACUGGGCCAAUUUCAAGAAAAAAGCGCAAUAUUGCCGAAAAUGCGUAUUUUGCAUCGGAUGCGAUAAAGUCACUUUCUGCUGCAAUUUAUGCUUACAAAAUUGAACAACGCAAAAACACCAGCAGUUUGGCAUCGGAAAUGGAAACGCUUGAAAGUGAAGUUGAAUAUGCCCUACUACAACUGUUCUCCUUCUCUGAUUGUCCAAGCAAAACUACCUGCGGAUUUGCUGAAAAAAGUGCACCCAAAAACAGACAAGAACGCUCUCCAUUAUUAACAGCCAUGGCAGCCUCAUUGAUAUGUCAGGCGAAAGCACAUGAGGACAUGGUUUGUCCAACGCUGCGCUAUUUGGGAAAUUUGCUAAACUCGAAUUCGGAAGAAAUUUAUGACGAAAUAUUGACAAUCUUAGAUUUUAGUACAAAAGAUGACCAAAUGUGGUUUUUAAAAGCCUUGAUAAACAAAGCUGCAAAUGACUGUAUAUCAUAUCGCUGCUAUAAAGCUCAGAAUAACAGAAGCAAUCCCUGGUCUAAAUUAACUGAUAGUUUAUUCCGAGCUCCUGGCAAAGAUUUAGACAUACGUACUAUUGGGGCCUUGGCAUACAUGGGAUCACCAGGCAAGAGUGCUGUCAUGCGCAAUCAGCUUUAUCUGGCAAUACAACAAGGUAACUUCCCCUACUGGACAGCUGGAAAAACAGUGGCAAAUAGUGAAGAACAGAUCAACACUGACCGCGGCGACUACGUUUCUCGUAUUAAGAAGAAGUCUGGCGAUAUAUUGGCAAAUUCGUUAGCGCUGUUAGCAGUAAAAACAACAAAUACUUCUCCACAAGAAAUUGUAAAACUUGAUGCCUUAAUGGAUUGGAUUUUGGAACAGAUUGACCAACGAUUUGCUGCUGUAUCAGCCUUGGAUACCUACUUUGCCAACAGAGCCAUUUACGAAUAUCGAGCUCGAGAGGUUCGUGACGUUAACGAGGACCAUCAAUUUAUUGAAAUCAGAUGCGAGAAUUGUACCACGAUUAAGCACAACGUCACAGGCUCACCAGUGUUGUAUACGCUGCCAUCAUACGUUCGGAAGAUAACGUUUACAACAGAAAGCAGAUCCAAAGUGCGGGUUGGAAUUCGUGUUUUGGGUACCAAUAGACAUCGGCUCAGAAGGCACGCUGCAAAUGAUGAUGUGAUCAGAAUAACAGUAGUUGAUACUGGGGAAGUUGUCGACAAUAUGGUUCAUCGAGCUUGCAUUGAGGUGCAGUCUCCCUCAGUUAAAUUCGUGGAAAUAGAACACGGUUUGUACACUGGCUUCACAACAAACAAAGACAAACUUCUAAUUCUGCAGAAUACAACGAAGCAAAACGUCUCAUUGGCAAGUGAUGUUGUCAUCAGCUCUUCAGCAGCUCACUUUACGCUAGCAAACCUUAGGCCUGUUCUGAAGCACUGUUACGAACUUGGCAUGAUCUAUACAGGAGGUAAUUAUGAGGCCAAUCGUUUAUCGCCUAUAAUUGUUUCGGCACGACAUCCACAACUCGGAGUCAUCGGUAGGACCAAGGUGGACGCUCCGCAACCUCGUUUCAAGCGAGCAAUUGACGAGUCGGCUGUACCAGUGCAGUGUUGGGGAGAACAGUGUGCUUGCAUAAGUGCCUCAUAUUCAGUGGAGUGUAACGUAUGCUAUUUUCUGGACAAUCGUACUGUCAUUGAGGAGAUCUGUAAACCGAGACAUUUUGCUGCAGUUGUCACAAUUUUGAAUGUGAAAAAUGAGAGCGAUUCCAAAUACCUGAUUAUACCUGCAAGGCUAUCAGCAUUUGUAACUCCUGAAGAUUUCAACAUUGCCAUUGGGCAGCAAAUAGAAUUUUGGCUGCUGAAAGGAAACAUUCGAUGUGAAAAUCUGGGAUUUAAACCUGGUCAGACACACGUAGUAUUUGGUGACGUUAGCGGAAUGACACCGGUUGGAUCAAAGCUUCACUAUAUUCUACGGGAUGGCGACAGGUGGGAGAGUGCUGUAAAGAGCGGAUGCGGAGAAUUGCUAACCUACAUAGAUAACUUUGACAGCGCUAAAUGUCUUGCUCCCAGUUAA